CCAUGGCGGUGCCGGGUGGCGGGCCCUGAGCGCCGCGGCGGGCGCGCACCAUGAACUCGUGGGACGCGGGCCUGGCGGGGCUGCUGGUGGGCACGAUGGGCGUCUCGCUGCUGUCCAACGCGCUGGUGCUGCUGUGCCUCCUGCACAGCGCGGACAUCCGCCGCCAGGCGCCGGCGCUCUUCACCCUCAACCUCACGUGCGGCAACCUGCUGUGCACCGUGCUCAACAUGCCGCUCACGCUGGCCGGCGUCGUGGCGCAGCGGCAGCCCGCCGGGGACCGCCUGUGCCGCCUGGCCGCCUUCCUCGACACCUUCCUGGCCACCAACUCCAUGCUCAGCAUGGCCGCGCUCAGCAUCGACCGCUGGGUGGCCGUGGUCUUCCCGCUGAGCUACCGCGCCAAGAUGCGCCUCCGCGACGCCGCGCUCAUGGUGGCCUACACGUGGCUGCACGCGCUCGCCUUCCCCGCCGCCGCGCUCGCCCUGUCCUGGCUCGGCUUCCACCAGCUGUACGCGUCGUGCACGCUGUGCAGCCGGCGGCCGGACGAGCGCCUGCGCUUCGCCGUCUUCACGGGCGCCUUCCACGCGCUCAGCUUCCUGCUGUCCUUCGUCGUGCUCUGCUGCACGUACCUCAAGGUGCUCAAGGUGGCUCGCUUCCACUGCAAGCGCAUCGACGUGAUCACCAUGCAGACGCUCGUGCUGCUCGUCGACAUCCACCCCAGUGUGCGGGAACGCUGCCUGGAGGAGCAGAGAAGGAGGCGGCAGCGUGCCACCAGGAAGAUCAGCACCUUCAUAGGGACCUUCCUCAUAUGCUUCGCGCCCUACGUGAUCACCAGGCUGGUGGAGCUGUCCUCUUCGGUGCCCAUUGGCUCCCACUGGGGGGUGCUGUCCAAGUGCUUGGCCUACAGCAAGGCCGCGUCUGACCCCUUCGUGUACUCCUUACUGCGACACCAGUACCGCAAAAGCUGCAAAGAGAUUCUGAACAGGAUCCUCCACAGGCGCUCCCUCCACUCCUCGGGCCUCACGGGCGACUCCCACAGCCAGAACAUUCUGCCGGUCUCUGAGUGAAGGACGCCGCUCUUGCUGGAGACUGAGGAAUGAGACAGUUGGUGAGAAGCGGGGAGGGAGGGCUUGGGGUCCUGGGUGGACACCCCCAGCUGCCACCCACCUGUCCGGCCAGCGAUUCCGGUUCCCUGGCUCGCAGGGGCCCUGAAGCCUGCUUCCUGGUUCCUCAAGGGCAGAGGUUGGACUGUGCCUAUUUUGCACCAAAGGAUGACCAUGGUUACUCGCUCUGGGCUUUUGUUUUGGAGAAGCUCCUUUGGGCUCCUGGACUCACCAGAGACUCCCCAGGAGUGACGCUGAGUCUGGUCUUGAUCAAGGACAGGCAGUGCCGGUGGCAGGUGGGGAAGCAUGGCAUCCACCUGCUUCCUAACCACUAGGCGUUGGGCUCCAUGCUGAAGAAUAGUGGUGGUCUCCAUGGGACAUCAGUCAUGCUGAAAGUGAGGUUGGCAGUGGCCAUUCGGCCUUACGUCCAGGAUGGCUACUCUCCUCCACGUGCUAGUGGUGGCUGCUUUAACCCAAAUAUUAUCCAGCUGGGACUCACUGCAUUGUGCUCAGCUGGGACUCGGGACCCUGAGCCCAAGGGGAAAAUGUUUAACAACUAGCAGCUACCCCUUUGUUGCCGAGCGGUGGUCUUAGAGAUGUUACAUUGGAUUAAACUCUGGUCCCCCAUAUCCCCGCAAAAGCUAACGUCUGUGUGUGUAGACAAUCUUAGCAUGAAAAUGGUUUAAAUAGGCAGGAAAUACAUGUGAUAAUGUUCUUGGACGUCUGACCUUGAACUCACCUUCUUCUGAUUCACACGUCAUAACUAUUGGAGCCAAGGAGAGGUGGAAGGAAGGAGGCUGUCUGGUGCCCCCACCCCUAGGUGUGACCUGAUUUUGCAGGAGGCUUUUCACCUUGUCUCACACAUCUCGUCCGGCACAUUCUGUGAGAGCCCCCCACAAGAACUGACCUGGGCAGGGUUUUAGCGUUGGUUCUAAGGCACUAGGUUCCAGGAUCGCAGUGGCUCCACAUCUAGUCUCCAUGAGUCUAUCAACAAGAAGUUGAGGCUAUCCCAGGUGAUCAAGAAAGUGCCCUGUGCCAGUGAAGGGAGAGUGACAUUUUUAUGGACAAUGAUAACUUCAAUACCUAUGCCAACCCAUUAGCGGCCCCCAUGUUGAUUUAUGGAAAGCCAAGGUGAGUGGGCUGAGCUUUCUGCCCAUCCGUCUUUGUUUAUCCUUUCGGAUGACGUGUAAAUGCUAAGAGCAGUUAUUUCUUGGUCCUCUGUUCUGAUGCCUCUCGGUAGAGAGGAUGGGGAGCCACAGACUCCGAGCGCUCACUCUCUCUUUCCAGCUCUGUGUGUCCUAACUUUGGAAGUACAGGGGGAAGGACAUGGUCCAGCAGGGACCGACUGGGAAGAGUCUGACACUUUUUACUGCCAGGGGUCCCCAGUAUGGAAAGACAGAGAAGUGUCAUCACAUCUCCUUGAAAAGCUGUUGUCUGAUUUACCUUAGCUCCCCAUUUAGAAAACAGAUAGCUGAGCCUGGCCUAGUCUUGCUUACUUUCAAGGUCUUCGUGGAGACCAGAACAGGGACAAAUGUAGCUUCCCAGGCCUUGGCACCUGUCAGUUAUAGUUGGAGGUGUGCUCACACCUGCCUGGAAGAGCCCGUGGGGCACGUUCCCCCACCCCACCCCCAGUUCCAUGUUAGGAGACAUCACGCUGGUAGCUUGAAAUCAGCCAUGAUGGGAAUAUUUAGGCCAAGAAAAUCAGCAAAGACUAAAACCAGGACUUUUGCUCCACCGAGAGCUGGUUGUUCAGCACCUAGCCGCGCACCACUGCCCGGACAUGACGUUGUGUGUUCCCGAAAACUUGCUCUGAUUCAGAGCGCAUUCGUUUGAAUCAAGUUUGAAUCACAGCAGACAUUCAUUUUUGUAAACUUUCCUAGGGACAAGCAGCUGUUCACUCCCACCCUGCUUGUCCCAACACCAAAGGUACCGAUGAGGUUCAAAAUAAGUAUGGAGCCAAGAAGAUACACACAAUUGAAUCCGACAAUCCCCCUUUUCACACAAAUCUUCUCAAAAUUGGGCGACAGAGGAGUAGUGACCUAGUAGAUGAUGCCAGUAGACAGUCAAGGUCAAGCAGCAAGAUGUGUUUUCAUCAAUGUCGGGGAAUGACUAUGUCAAGUUCUCUUUCUGCUUGUUCUAUGUAGGCAACCUAUUAUACUCCCAGAUGCAACUAGAUCUCUUUUACCUCUUCUUGCGCUAAAACAAAACAAAACAAAACAAAAGAUCUGUCACCCACAACACCAUGCAUCUUAAAAAGAUACAUGUCAUAAUUUUUGCCAAGCCCAUAGACUGCUAAAAAAAACCCACAAUAAAACCAGUUGUAUUGGCAUCAUGUAGACAAAAGUCCAUAUAAGUCAGCCGAGGGGGUGUUUUCACUAUUGUUCAGACAGGCAUUAAAAGCCAAGGAGAAGCAAGGAGAAAAACAUGACAUUAGUGGUCAGCACCAACCAACUCUGCUGUAAUUACCUUUAGAUGAAUGUUGGUAUUCAUCUAUACCCAGUCUAUAAAAUUUUCCCCUGGCUUCCUUGUUCCCAGGUGAAUUAUCUACCUCAUUUGGUAAUUUAAUUUAUCAAACGUAACAUGGGUUUCUCAGGUAAAACACUCAGAAACAGCAAGAUCAGCGGGCCUGGGAAUACUUACUUGACUUCAGUCUUGCCUGAGGCUCGAUGUGUAAGGGCCAAACUCUGGGGACAGCUGGAUCAGGUGGGGAGGCAUUUUAGGAAGCUUGGAACUGAAGCCUGGCCCGGGGGGGGGGGGGACGUCCAAUUCCUGCCCCCCCCACAGGGCUCUGUUUCUAGCCCUACAUGAUCAGAAAUGUAGAUUUAAUUUGUUUAAUUUAAAAUGUAGAUUUAAACCCACCCUGGGUGGCUCUUUCAGUCACUUUGCAACUAGUCCAUCUUUUUCUUGCACUUCUUCUAGAAGGAGAGGACGUUGGAGCCCUGGGACCCCCCUAAGGGACUGCCAGCUCAGGUGAGGGUCAUGGCAUCUGGGGUUUGUGUGUCUCAUGGUCAGCUGACCUCCCAAAGCUGUGCCGCUAAAAGCCAGCCUGUUUUUACUUAGAAAGCGGCUGGGUCCUGAGGGAAGUUGACUUGAGCCACCGGAUACCAUCAGUCCAUGCCUUCUGGGAUUCAGCUCAGUCUCCUGUCACCCUGAGCAAUAAACCUCUCUCCUCGUGUUUCUGAAAUUAGUUUUCUUUUCAUGGUGCCUUUCUCUCUGAGAGAAGACAGGACAGACCGAGCCCACGUGGGGGCAGGUAGAGAAUGCCUGGGGUGUGGCCUGUGGCCGUGCAUUUCUAGAAUUUAACCCAAAUGCAGGAUAACCCAGACGGCUUAUGGUUUUAAUGAGGAUAUUUUAUUAGGUGCCAGAAGUUCCUGGCAUCGGCUCCUUUCCUUUGGAGCGUGAGCACCACGGGGAAGAGCGAGGUCCCAGAUACGUUUACGGCUCCCGCUGCCUUCCUGGAAGGUCUAAAGCAUCUGGAACAGCCUUCGGCUCUUGAACUUCAUUAUCCACAAGAAUCACCAAGGGAGCUUGUUUAAAAAUGCAGAUUCCUGUACCCCAUCCUUGGAGAUUGGUCCAGGGAGGGCUGGGCAGGACCUGGGAUUCUGCAUUUUCAGACAUUCGUGCCCAGGUGACUGCUGCAGGGGGCUUCCCAGCUCUUCCCCGAGAAAGGGGAUCUUGGACACCUGGAUUAACUCCAUGGAAAGCUGGACCUUUCUAAAUAUCUCUGUUUCGUCCUGUAUCUUUCCCCGGAUCUCCAGAUAGUUCAAUCUCCAGCCUCAUUUAAGGGCUGAGUCAUUUCGCUCUCAGAGCAACAUAGCGCUCACUCUGUGAAAUUCUAAAAACCCGUCUUCAGAGACUCGGGUGGAAAAGCUGCCCCCCCUCCCCUCCAAAGGUAUUUGCAAAGCAGCCUCAUUCCAUUCCGUGGGGCUCCCGGGUAGUAAGCGCGGGUGUCCGCAGGGUGUCGGCAGAGGAUGGGGCCAGGACACUUUGUUAGAGAGCAGGAAGCUGGUGCUCAGAGGGUCCCACGGGGACACUUGCUUGGGUCUCAACCGCACCUCUGCCUAGGCAGCCUGGCUGUGGGCCGAUGGCAUCUGGCCCCUCUGCCGCUAACCACAGCUAGCCAGCGCCCUUCCCACCCAGCCUCCCUCCCCGGCAGCAGAGCCAGGCCGAGGCCGGGCCAGAGGGAGACAGUGCCGGAUGCCAGCCCCUGGGUGUGGGUCUGUGUUCGGUUCCCCACGUCAUCCAGCAAGGCUGACCCGGCCAGGUCCCCCCGGGAUCAGCUCCUUGUCAUGACCGUGAUCCAGAGUCCUAACAGCUCGUGUGCACUGAGUGAAGCCUACAAGCCCGGACUGGGCUGAGGGUUUUCAGGUCGUGUUUCCAUGGGUCCUCACCGUGACCCCAGGAUGUAGGUACUAUCAUCUCCUUUUCAGACCUCUAGGAAGAUCUGUAAGUCCUGGGGCGACAGUUAGAGACACGUGAGGGGCAACGCAAACCAGGGCCACGGUCUCCAGAAGGGUAGGCUCGUGCCAAUGGGGAGUCCCCAGCGGCACCCAACUCGAGGCAGCUGGAGGCACAGCGGGUGUCUUUCCAUCGGCAGCAGAGAACCCCUGGCUCCCAGCUUCUGUGCUAACACCCCCUCGCACCAGCCGGGCCCUGGGGCCCCUGCCUCGCUCGGCCGCCGCUUGCUUGGAAAGGACUUCUCUUCUUCUAGGGGAGUUCGGGGGGAGAGGGGGAGACUGAGCAGCCACUUCUGUACCCGGGAUUAUGGUUCCCAGGCCCUUUUCACCCCCAGGAAAUCUAUCUGACCAGAUGUCUUGGUGUCUAAGGGCUCGCUGUCAACCUGAAUUUUCCUGAAACUCUGGGCCAAUAGCCCUCACGACAUCAGAACAACACAGCGGUGUCCUGGCACCAAAGUCAACCUCUUCAUGUCCUGAAGCCGGAAGGGUUUCCGUGGAAGACCCUGGUGUUGGCUUAGGACCCCAGGCUGAGCUGGCCAGGAGGAGAGGUUGGGUGGAGGUGGCCUCCCUGGUUUGCUUUUAGGUGUUCAGAGGGGAAACUUGGCUGGGAGCCGUGUGGCUUGUAAGCCUCUCCACGUCCCCAGCGGGCUCCCACAUUCUCUCAAGACCGACUGGCCUUUCAGCCCCAGAAGAGCUAGUCCAGCCCUUGACCAGCAUGGCCCGGGGGAAGGAAGAGAAGCAGAAACCUCAGGCUUGCUGUUGCCUCUCCAGUUCAGAUGGAGCCAUGACGUCAAAGGCCUCCUCGUGCCUCCUUCCACAAAUACAGGGCACGAAAUUGCUCAUCUUUCCGGGGAAUCUGUAUCGGGACAGGGAAGUGGCUGGGACACGUGGUUUCGGGCAGCCUGACCUAGACAUCACGGCCGACGCGGCGGUCUGCGGGGGGCGCAGGGGUUGGGGGGGUCCAGGAAAGCAGAAUCCUGGAGCUGUUCAGGGAGUGCCAUGUGGCAACUGCAGGCUCCAGCCCAGAACUGCAGAAAUACGUGCCUGUCACUCCUCAGAUGUUUCCUGAGCACCUUGUGUGUGCCCGGCCCUGCACUGUGUCAGCCUCUGGGGGAGACAGGAAAUUACAGUGUAAGCGGGGCUGCCCCGGGUGGGGUGAGCAUGCCGCUGGGGGCUGCAGAGGGAGGGCUGAAGCACUUGGCCAGUGGGGAAGGAGGGUUCUGGAAGGCUUUUUAGAGGCAAUGACAUUGGCCCAGAACACGUAGUAGGAAAGAACAUAGGACGAGACACAGAGGAGAGGUGAAUGUGCCGGGUAAGGAGUCUCAUGGGCUCAGAGCUUAGUGCAUGUUCAGGAUUGGGGUCAAGUGAGCCCAGAGGAGAGAAAGCGGCUCCUGAGGGAGUGAACGUGAUCUGUGGUCCGUGGGAGAUGAUCCAAGUCUUGAAGUUAGGAGUACCAAAAUGAGAUCUCUUGGAGAAAACGCGGG